GCCUAUUUAAAGACUAGUGAUCAGUCGAUUCCAGUUCAACUGAAUCUGUGAAACAGACAAUACACCAUUAUGAAGCUGUUUGUGAUUGUACUGUUGUGCUCAGUGGCAGCGUGUGUAUAUGGGGAAAACUGUACAGUGAACGCCGAAUGCAUCAACGAUCAUUUUACAUGCGGCGUAAAUUAUCACAAGAUAUGUGAACACAAGCACGAGGUUGGGGUUACAACAGGAGGCGGACUUUGCACGUGCGCUGUCAACAAUAUAGCAUGCACAGACAAGGAUGUGUGUGUCGCUGCUCCCGAGCUAUCAUCUUGCCCUAUGGAUCGAAGGCACUGUUAUGACGGCAAAUGCAUUUGCACCAGACGAGAAUUUAAUUAAAUCCGUAUUCUUGUUCAGUUGACAAUAAAUAUUGGAAGAAAUAUG